CCUGAUGAUUGGUGUUUAGGCCGGGAGUGAUGGGAAGGUGGGAGAGAGUUCUUGCUGCGCAAAGGGGUUACCGAAGGGAAGGUUCAGUCGGCGGCCGCGAUGCCCAGAUAUUAUGAGGAGAAAGAGAAGGAUGGGCGCGCAUGCGCUGGUGUGCGCGAGGACCUGAGGGAAUGUCUGCUCAAGAGUUUCUGCAUCCUCCAGGAAGGGAAAAGUGUCAAACAGUGCUUGAAGGAAGGGCACUGCAGAGAGUUACAGGUUUCAUUUUUUGAAUGCAAAAGGUCAAUGCUAGAUAACAGAGCAAGAUUCAGAGGAAGGAAGGGUUACUGAAGUCACCCAUUAAGAAACAGCCAGCAUGAGCAAUGUUGGAUACACUGUUACCUCAUCAUUAAAAGACUGGCCGAUUUAUCUUACUGCCUUUUCCCAAAUUGUGCUUCACUCCCGUGAAAACAACUUAUUCUAAGCGCUGAAUGACUGAACUUGCUGACUAUUGGGAACACUAAAACAGAAACCAACAAUAUCUGGUGGUGGUGGUAGUGAUAACUUCUUAAUAAAAUAUUUCUUUGUGGGUACUAUUAUGGCCAUCAGUUGAAAUACAUUGUCCUAAAGUUAUUUUCCCUUGGAACUUGAAGCUUGUGUAGGUCUUUCCUCUAAAGUCAUACAGUGUUGUUACCCUAGUUGAUUAACAGCCGUCUUUUGAAAUGCUGAAGUUCUUAGGUAUGUUGUGCUCCCAAAAGAGACAGUUCAAUCCUGGAAGAGAUAUGUUGGUGUGGCAACUCAAGGCAGUUACCAUGCUCAUAGAGACCCUAUUAAGCUGGUUGUGUACAUCUUAGGAUACAGAAGGGGGUGCCACUCUGUAUCUAGGGCCACUUGGUGUGUACAACUGAAGCUUGAAUGGAAUAAGUCUGUUCACAGGUACAGUGGCUAUGUUAAAAUAGAUGGACAUUGUCUAUUCCUGAAUAGGUGAAAUGUAUUUCUUGUGCUCCAUGGCAUUAUUUGGCUGUUUUAUUAACUAUAUGAAUAUUAACUUUAAUUCAUAAAUUAGUUUAUUCUUUACCCAGUUUAUGUUAUGAGGUCGGUCAGGACCCAGAGAACUAAGUUUGAGAGAGAAUGCCUUAUUGAAGACCGUAUGACAACUGAGUUGGGAUUUGAACUCUCAUCUCUGAGGUCCAGUUUAGUAAUCGAGCAGUAACAAAAGCUUAAUGAAAAAUCUAAAGCAUUUCAAAAUAUUUAUGAAAAGGGAUUUAAGAUUUUUUUAAAGUAGCAAAGUAAAUUUUUCCUGAACAUUAUGUUCACGUACCUAAUGAAAUAGUCCUUAGCUGCUUGUUUGUUUUAUUUUUAUAUUUUAUGGUAAGCUCUUUCAGGUAAAGUUUUGUUUAAAAAGGAAGUGAAUAUAAAUGCAGAUCUUGUCAUAAUCUGCUAGUCUUUAAGAAUCUGCCUUUUUGCAAUUUCUGCUAAAGGCAAAAAAACAGAAUUCUGAUCUUCAUUUCCUCCUGUCUUCAGCUGAAACCUUCGUAUUGCUGGAGUGUAUAUGAUUCAUAAAUGUGAAAAACCCUUAGUACUAGCCAUCAGUCAUCAUUUAUUUAUUUAAAGUGCUUUGAUUUCUAUGUGGUGUCCGAGUUGUUGUAGCAAAAUAUACUGACCCUGGGACCACUGCAUGGAAAGCGGGGGGACUGCAAGGAAUCAUGGGAAAGAAGCAAUCAAUUUUGCCUUCUUGUCUCCCCUCUAUUGCUCUUUGUUCUGGUUGUCUCUGUCUCUGAGGCCCUGUGCUGAAUUUCUGGGCGGAUAUCUUGUGAAUUGUGGUUGCUACAGUAAUUCACAGUGUUGGCUAAACUCCAAGCAUGGUAUUUUUUACUUUUGACAUUACAAAGAAGUUCUUUCUUAAAAAAAUAAUUUUUAUUUCUGAAAAAUGUACAAUUUUCAAUACUAUAUCAAUCACAUUUUCAUCAUAAGACAACUCACUUUCAAGAAGGAUAAAAAUAAACAAUCAUAACAGUAUUGCAAUUACCCAACUAAUCACUCAUUCAUAUUUACUCAAUUACAUUGUCUUAUUUGAUAUAAAAGUGAGGCAUAAUUUUACAAGUUUUGUCAAAUUUAAUGCUUUUCUCCAACAUUCAUUAAAAAUG